GAGAGAAAGGGGUGACGUGAUAAGGAAAGAGAGAAAUAGAGGACAGGCGAGAGAGAGCGAGGGUGUGAAAGAAGAAGAGUGAGAGAAAACGACAGAAAGGGAGAGCGAAAGAGAGCGCAGGCAGAAGGGAUGGGAUUCGCAGAGAGAGCAGCGAGCCGGCUCUUUGUCAGGUGAUUUACGGCGUGCGGUCUGUGAUUAAUCUGCGGUGGCUGGGAAGCGGCGGCGGGGAGGACAGCGCACAGGAGCCGUCUCUCCGGAGCAGAGCCCCUCCAGGACGCGACACGCAGGGGAGCAGCAGCGCCAGGAGCAGCCGGGCGAGGAGCGCCAUGCCGGGAGGCUGCUCCGCCGCUCCUGCCCCGCGCCCGUGAGGCGGGGAGCUCGCGCCCGCGGGCGGCGUCGCUCGCAGCUCGGAGGACAAGGAGCUCCCGCCGAACCGGAGACCAGGGAGAGGCCCCGCCGGGGGGGAGGAGGAGCUUUGCCGACUCUCGGCGACACAGAGAUGGCCGGGCGCCCCCGCGCGCCGUCCCGGGGCUUCCAGGACCCGCCCCGCGCCGCCCUCGCCCGGGAGAGCCGCGCUCGCCUGUGAGGCACGCGUCCUAUGGUGCCGAGACCCGCGGCCGCCCGCACGCCGCUGCGCCGAAGGGGGACCUGCGCCGACGGCUCCUCCAGGGAGAGCUGAACCCUCGCGCGCGCCCGCGCCACCACGCCGGAAUUCAGCCCCGUCCCCUGUUUGUGACUGGAGAACAAUGAGCUCUGAGGAGGACGCCUUCAGCAGGUUUUUCCAGUACGUGGAGGACAGUGGGCUGAGAGCCUAUGACGGUCUGGUCAUCCAGAACGCCUCGGACAUCGCCCGCGAGAGCGACCGCGUGAGGAAUGAGACCAACUGGGCGUACCUGCAGGAGAAACACGAGAAGAGGAGGAGACAGGAGGAAGCCAUAAAAAGGAUUGGUGAGGACGUCGCCAGGGGGACGGACGGCGGGUAUCCAGGGAAACACUUCCGCAUGGGCUUCAUGACAAUGCCCGCCCCGCAGGACCGUCUGCCCCACCCGUGCGGGACGGGCUUCUCCGUGCGCUCGCAGUCCCUGCACUCUGUCGGGGGCGGGGACGAGGACAGUAGCCCGAACUCUCGCAAGCAGCCCCCCCCGAAACCCCGGAGGGACCCCAGCACCAAGCUCAGCAUCUCGUCGGAGACGGUGAACACAAGUUCAGCCUCAGGCCGGGCGGGAAAAGAGCUGGACAAGUCCGACGUGUCAGGCAGGUCCCGGCCCUGCAGCGAGGACCUCAGGAGGGUCCCUCCCCCGAAGCCCAAACGGAACCCCAACACCCAGCUGAGCACCUCCUUCGACGAGUCCUACAUCAGGAACCACGGCAGCAAGAGGACGCCCCAGCGGGAGAAGUCCUCGUCGCAGACGCAGAGCCCCACCCGCGACACGGACGAGGACGAGCCCGUCUACAUCGAGAUGGUGGGCAACAUCCUGCGGGAGUUCCAGCGGGACGAGGAGGAGCCGGGCGAGGCCGUGUACGAGGAGAUGAAGUACCCCGCCCUGGAGGACCUGGCCCAGGAGCCCAGGUGGGAGCCGGUGGGCUGCUCCUCCCAGUGCUCCACGCCCACCAUCCCCGACCUGGAGGUCACGCGGGCCGCCACGCCCCGGGGCUCACUGUGCGACAUCCCCGCCCCCUUCCCCAACCUGCUGUCUCACCGGCCCCCGCUGCUGGUGUUCCCCCCCGCCCCCGCCCAGUGCUCCCCCAACUCGGACGAGUCCCCGCUCACCCCCCUGGACGUGACUAAGCUGCCCGUGCUGGAGAACGUGUCCUACAUCAAGUCCGGCGGCGAAUCGCAGCCCUCCUCUCACCGCAAAGCGGAGAAGGAGCCGCCGGCCACGCCCACCAUCACGGCCUCGGGCCGCUCCUCCGCCCCGCCGCUCCCGUCCACCCUCUACAAGUCGUCGGCCUCGGCCCACGGGUACCCGCGGAGCCACUCGGCCUGCCCCUCGCCCGUCAGCAUGGGCCGCUCGCUCACGCCGCUCAGCCUGAAGCGACCGCCGCCCUACGACGCCGUGGCGACGGGCGGCAUGCCGCGCAGCGCCUCCGCGGUGCCGCACUCGGCCAAGGGCGCGUCUCAGGAAGGGGGCCGGCUCUCCGGCUCCUCCAGCGCCCACGGCUCCAUGCAGAACGUGUCGCGCUCGCGCACCCCCACCAGCCCGCUGGACGAGCUCACCAACCUGUUCAGCACCGGCCGCAACAUGCUCAAGAAGUCCUCCAGCGGCAGGAAGUCCAAGGAGCCCGCCGAGAGUGAGGUCAAGAGCAGGAGUCACAGCACGGACACGCUACCCCGUCACGAGGGCAGGGACAGGGGGGGUCACCAUGGUGGCAAGGAGCCCCCGCAGGCGGGCGAAUGGGACGGCAUGUCAGGACAAUCAGCCACGCCCACACCCACAUCCACACCAAUCAGGCUGGGGCGCACCUCUGUCAGCCCCACCAUGAUGCUGGGGAGCAGUAGCGCAGAGGCCAAGGCCGGGUCCAAGCUGAGUCGGUCAGCCCCCACGCCAGGCGUGCCCCCCCCUGCAGGAACCCCCCAGCGGCAGGCCCCAGAGCCGCCGCACAGCCAGCAGGUGGCGCUCUUGCCGUGGGCGUGUGGGGACAGCACCAUGAUGGAGACCAUAGAGAAGAAGCGCAGUCUGUGCCGGGAGAUCAGGGCGCGGCGGGGGCCGGAGCAGGGGGCGGAGCGGGGCCUGUGCAAGCAGGAGAGCAUGCCCGUCCUCCCCAGCUGGAGGAAGAGCAACGGCCCCAAAAAGUAUGGCCCGCCCCCUUACUCCACCCACACCACCGUCUUCUGGGACACCGCCAUUUGAUAGGCUCACGCCCCGGUGCCACGCCCACUCUCAGCACCAGGAAUGCAUCGAGCCAAUCAGAGUAGGGAAGAGGGCACGUCGGGACGUGCGGGUGGUCCAGUGUAGCAAACGAAAAUAUCCUGGGUUUCAGACGAUCAUGUUUUACUGUAAUUGUUUAUAUUUCAUAUUUUUGUAUUUGAAUUAUUGUCUUAAUAUGAAAUCUACUCAGUAUUAUUAGCUAUUUUCUAAUCAAAGAGGAAUAUGUUUAAAAAAAUGAAGAAAUGUAGAUUUAGUGAUGAGACGUUUUGUUUUUGGAUCUUGUUUUGGUAUUUAUAUUGCGAGGCACUCAUAUGCAUCAAUAUCGCUUUGUUGAGAAAAAUAUUAUGAUGUGUGUUAAAGUCAAUUCAGUGAGUAUGUCACUGUUUUUAUAUUUUAAAAAAAUCUUAAAGAUUGAUUUUCUUAAGGUCAUAAAAAGUACUAUUUUGAAUGGAAUAUAUUUUGGCAUGUUGGAUUGAGAUGUUUACAGGAGCCCUUUGACUAUAGAAGACUUCCAGCUCCUUCCUGUCCAUCCUCACCUUAUUGAGCCCGAACAGAGUCCUCACCUGUGUGCAGCUUCACGACGUCUGUCACGUGACGUGUUGCGGAUACAGGUGAUGUCAUAGGCGAUGUCAGGCUUCACUGGUGACCUGGCACAGGAAACAGAAGGGCAGGGACUUUCUGAUGGCGCAGUGGUGCCAGGCAUGGGACGGGCACAUGAGUGUGUGGGUGUGCCCAGCGCUGAAUUAGGCCAUUUGAAUCAUGGUGCCUGUACAGGAGUGUAGAGUCAGAUGCUAGAGACAAACCUGUUUCAGCCAGCUAAAACCUGUGAGCUGAAAUAACAAGGCUGUUACCCUGGACACACCAGAGUAGUGGCAAUAACUACAUGCAGACCAUGAUCUUUACCUGUUCUGCACCAUGACCACGGCUCUCACACAAAAUGGUGAGAAUUUGCGUGUCAAAGAGGAACUCAAAUACCUUUCCAUCACUCAUCACACAGCAAACUACCAUUGCUUCCUGAAGUAUUUCAUUUGGCCAAUUUAAACAAUUAGGGUGGAAAGCUAAACGUGUCAAAGGUUUUCUUUUUAAUUUUCAUUGUAGUUCUCUUUAAACUGAAUAUAAGUAAUUGUUUAAAUUAACAUUUCUACGAUGUGUCGUUUCCAAUGUACAUGACCCCACUCCAUCAACAAGAGUUUGAUACCACUGUGACUGAUAAUUGGCUGAAUGCGACAUGUAAUAAGCAGUGAUUGGCUGGUUGCCCGGUAAAUGGUCAUCAGUCUGUAAGGGUGCCGCAACCAUAGCUCCAGAUCUGCCCAUUAAUAAGGGCUAAAUCUGCCACCUCCUGAAAACUACCCUACAUCAUACUGAGAUAAACACCUCACUGUCCAGACAGUAGAAACAUUACAUUUUCAGAAAUAAUGGCUCAAAGCCUGUUUUCCAUUUCACUUGAUGUCAUUUAUGCACUUUAAAUUACAUCAUUUCACUUAAUAAUAGGUAAAAGUUUAACUUAACACCUGGUCUUCUUUUGGUGCCAACCUACAUGGUUUUCUUCUAAAGUGCCCAAGGCUAAUGCUAUGACCGAUGCAAUCCAGUAAAGUGGAAUCAGCUGCUAAUGGGAAAUCUUCAUGUGAAACCAUCAGGAACUGGCUUAGAAUCACCAUCAGUCCGAAAGCAAACCCUCUCCGUUCACCACUGCUAUGAGUGGGCAACCAGGCACCAUGUAGACCCUUUACUGGACACUUGCGUGUCUCAUAAGUGGUCAUGUCUGCUCUGUAGGACCUGAAGCCCCUUGCACUACUGAACGUGUUCCUGUGAUGUGCAGGACUACAUGCAGAACACCAGGCCACUCAGGGAGACACAGCCUAACUGUCCACAGUGCCAAGCCCCAAGAGAGACAUCAGUGGGGGCUUCUCCCAAAGAACUCCCCUAACCCCUCAACUCCAAUUCUCCCUCUGUCGCCUCCAACUCCCACUCCCUUUCCUGUUCCUCCUAUCUCCUUCCUGUCCUCCUCCACCCCCCCAAAACACAACACGUGCACUAAGCCACACAUGCACAAACACAGGCAUACGUAAAUUCAUACAUACACAGACAGACAGAUAAGACAGAAAGACACACACACACACACACACACACACACAAACACACACUUGACCGGCGCCAGCGGACAUCUUUGUUAAAUGCGUUGCCUUGGAGACCAGGGUUCACUGUGACAUGGUGGUCACUUUGGGGUUAAAGGUCACCCACACUGAGGGUGUCGGUCAGAAUCACUGUUUCAGUUGCACAGUGAGCUGGUAAACAAUGCGGGGUUGAUGAAAAUGAGUUUUUUCUUUUUUUCUUUUUAAAGAGCAAAUAGCAAUGCUAUUGAGCUACCAAAUAUCUGCACUGCAGGUUAAUGCAGAGGCCCAACCUGGAGGACAAACACGGCGUGCAAUCAAAGACCAGCCUCACCUGAGGCUCACACGGGGCCAGAGAACCCCUGCCUGCUGUGCGUGUCCUGAGCUGUUAAACACACAGGUCGGUUAUGAAAUGAUUGUUUAAAACUCUGGUCUCCGCGUCUGUGGGUGCAGAUUUGGAAUACAGGAUAGUGCUGUACAGUAUAUUUUGUGUUGAGGUGAACUGUGGAAUCUAAGAAAAGCACAGUGAUGUCACUGUAUAUGUCUUUCUUGCACUGAGAGUGUUUCAGUUUUAUUUUUUUGAAUAUGUUGAAAAGGUAUGCUUAUUGUAACUGUUUUUUUUUUGAGAAUUUACAGAAGAUGAGAAAUAAAUAUGUUUUUGCAUUCCAUUGAGAAGAAAUGCAGACUUAA